UGAACGUCAACAUGGCUGAAUCCAUGCGAGUAGGUGCAGAGAGUUGAUGUGGCACUGAAGAGCAGCGGUGGCAGUGAACUUGAGCUUAAUAAAUCACGUUUGUUUUGUAGAUUAAGUUGCACAGAUCAGUUGAUCAUGUAUCUCCAGAAGAUGUUCUCCUGUUCCCAGCUUUUAGCAAGACCAAAUGCACUGCAAACAUUCAGAAGAGCUGCUUCACAAAGCAAAAAUCCCUCUUCCUCCCCAUUUCUCACACUCCAUGCUGUGCGUAAGUGGAGUAACGUGCCUUUUUUUACAGUGCCGCUGGCACGGGCGCACGGUAAGUCAUUUGGCCACCGCAGUGAGCUGCGCCAGGCCAAAAGAAUCGUUGUCAAGUUGGGGAGUGCCGUCGUAACCCGUGGGGACGAGUGCGGCCUUGCAUUGGGCCGACUUGCUUCAAUUGUAGAACAGGUGGCCGUGCUUCAGAAUCAGGGUAGAGAGAUGAUGAUCGUGACCAGUGGCGCUGUGGCAUUUGGAAAACAAAGGCUGAGGCAUGAAAUUCUUCUCUCACAAAGUGUCAGACAAGCCCUGCACUCAGGCCAGAAUCAGCUUAAAGAUAUGUCACUGCCAGUUCUAGAAGCGAGAGCGUGUGCCGCUGCAGGACAAAGUGGACUUAUGGCUCUGUAUGAGGCUAUGUUCACUCAAUACAGCACCUGUACUGCCCAGAUCCUGGUAACAAACCUGGAUUUCCACGACGACCAAAAAAGACGGAACCUGAACAGCACUCUCCACGAGCUGCUGCGUAUGAACAUCGUGCCCAUCAUCAACACCAACGAUGCCGUGGUUCCUCCUCCAGAACCCAACAGUGACCUACAGGGGGUAAAUGUUAUCAGUAUCAAGGAUAAUGAUAGUCUUGCAGCGCGGCUUGCCGUGGAGAUGAGGGCAGAUCUUCUCAUCGCUCUCUCUGAUGUAGAAGGUCUUUAUGACAGCCCACCAGGGUCAGACGAUGCCAAGCUCCUGGACACAUUUUACCCUGGGGACCAGCAUUCCAUAACCUACGGCACAAAGUCCAGGGUCGGCAUAGGAGGAAUGGAAGCUAAGGUGAAAGCUGCUCUCUGGGCUCUCCAAGGUGGGACGUCUGUUGUCAUUGCUAACGGUACACACCCCAAAGUCACAGGUCAUGUGAUCACUGACAUAGUUGAGGGAAAGAAAGUGGGAACCUUCUUCUCAGAAGUCAAACCAGCUGGUCCCACGGUCGAGCAGCAGACAGAAAUGGCUCGCUCUGCUGGCAGGACUCUUGCUUCCCUUGAACCAGAGCAGAGAAGUGACAUCAUCUGUGCAUUGGCUGAUCUCCUCACUGAGAGAAAAGACGAAAUCUUAUCCGCCAACAAAAAGGAUGUGGAGCAUGCUGUCAGCACAGGUCGUCUGUCUCCAGCCAUGCUGAAGCGACUCAGUUUGUCAUCGUCUAAACUGAACAGUCUGUCCAUCGGUCUGCGUCAGAUUGCAGUCUCCUCUCAGGACAGCGUAGGCAGGGUUCUGCGGAGGACUCGGGUAGCAAACAACCUGGAGUUGGAGCAGAUCACUGUCCCCAUCGGAGUACUGCUGGUCAUCUUUGAGUCACGACCAGACUGCCUUCCUCAGGUUUCUGCUUUAGCUAUUGCUAGUGGCAAUGCUCUUUUGUUGAAAGGCGGUAAAGAGGCAGCCAACACAAAUCGCAUCCUGCAUGAACUUGCCCAGGAGGCUCUGUCCAUCCAUGGAGUCAAAGACGCCAUCCAGCUGGUGAGCACGCGUGAGGAGGUGGAGGAUCUGUGCCGUUUGGAGAAGAUGAUUGAUUUGAUCAUUCCCCGUGGAUCCUCUCAGCUAGUCAGAGAUAUUCAGCGUGCGGCGAAGGGCAUCCCUGUUCUUGGCCAUAGUGAGGGGAUCUGCCACGUUUAUGUGGACCAUGAGGCCAGUGUUGACAAAGCCAUCAAGAUCGUCCAAGACUCCAAAUGCGACUACCCUGCAGCGUGUAACGCCAUGGAAACCCUGCUGGUGCAUCGAGAUCUUCUCAGAACUCCAAUGUUUGAUCAGAUCAUUGACAUGCUGAGAACAGAACAUGUAAAGAUCCAUGCUGGUCCCAAGUUUGCAUCAUACCUGACCUUCAGUCCGUCAGAGGUGAAGUCUCUGCGCACUGAGUAUGGGGAUCUGGAGUGCUGUAUUGAGGUUGUUGACAGUAUGCAGGAGGCUAUUGAUCACAUCCAUAAAUACGGCAGUUCCCACACUGAUGUUAUUGUCACCGAAAAUGAGGACACAGCAGAGCAGUUUCUUCAGCAAUUAGAUAGUGCCUGUGUCUUUUGGAACGCCAGCUCACGCUUCGCUGACGGAUAUCGUUUUGGUCUCGGCGCGGAGGUUGGCAUCAGCACGGCUCGUAUUCAUGCCCGUGGGCCUGUGGGGUUGGAAGGGCUUCUCACUACCAAGUGGGUCUUAAGGGGCGAGGGCCACACAGUUGCAGAUUUCUCUGAGCAGGGCAGCAUGACGUAUCUGCACGAGAAUCUUCCUGUGGCGCAGGUUCUCCCUGGACGCAGAACCACCAGCUAAAGUCGUGAAGUAAAAGCAUCUCAGUCAAGAAUCAAAUACAUAAAAACUCACCCACUUAAAAUCUAUUUAAAGACUCGCACCAGGCAGUGUGUUUGGAGAAAGUGCGAAUACAAGGAGAGCUGUUUAGUGAAACCCAUACAUUUAAGUUUCCCAGAUACACCUGUUUUAGUCAAGUGUUUCUUGUUCUCAAGAAAGAACCAGUUGAACUUAAAGAUACAGAAGGGUCAUGCCACAAAGAUGACACGGGUUUUUGCUUAAAGCUGUGGUCCAUCUGAUUUUUGUUAUGACUUGUGCAUUGUAUUAUGUUUUUUUGAGUAGCAAAAUGUAUUACUGAUCAUGGCAAAAAUAACAGCUUCACUCCAAUAUGGAGUUAAUGAAAAGAGGCCUCCCGAAUUGCCCAUGUUAUAUAUUUAUGUAAUAUUAAAUGUGUGGAAAUGCAGUAGGCACAAAUUCCCAGCACAAAUUGGAGCAUUAAAAAACAUUGUGCCGUUUUACAACAUAUUACACUUUAGCAAAAUCACAUAUGUACACUUUAGCAUUAAUACGAAAAAUAUUUUUCAUUUGGCAUAGGACCAUAUGCAACAUUGCAUUAUAAAACUGUAUUAUUAACUGAAAAAUAAUAUUUUUCAUGUGGCAUAGUGCUAGUCAUAUACAGUUGAGGUCAAAAGUUUACAUACACCUUGCAGAAUCUUCAAAAUGGUAAUUAUUUUAGCAAAAUAACAGGGAUCAUGCAAAAUGCAUGUUAUUUUUUUUAUUUAGUACUGACCUGAAGAAGAUACUUCACAUAAAAGACAUUUACAUAUGGUGCACAAGAGAAAAUAAUAGUUAAAUAU